AUGGCCACGGCACAGUUGCAGAAAACUUCCAUGAGUGCUUUAGUGUUUCCCAGUAAGAUACCAACUGAACAGCAAUCUUUGGUGUUAGUAAAGAGACUCCUAGCAGUUUCAGUAUCCUGCAUCACAUAUUUAAGAGGAAUAUUUCCAGAACGUGCUUAUGGAACAAGAUAUCUAGAUGAUCUUUGUGUCAAAAUUCUGAGAGAAGACAAAAGCUGUCCAGGAUCUUCUCAGUUAGUGAAGUGGAUGCUAGGAUGUUACGAUGCUUUACAGAAAAAAUAUCUAAGGAUGGUGGUUCUAGCUGUUUACACCAAUCCAGAAGACCCUCAUACAAUUUCAGAAUGUUACCAGUUUAAAUUCAAGUACACCAAUAAUGGACCAAUUAUGGACCUCAUAAGUAAAAACCAAAACAGUGAAUCUAGUAUGUCAUCUGCUGACACCAAGAGAGCAAGUAUUCUCCUUAUUCGCAAGAUUUAUGUCCUAAUGCAAAAUUUGGGACCAUUACCUAAUGAUGUUUGUUUGACCAUGAAAUUGUUUUACUAUGAUGAAGUUACACCCCCAGAUUACCAGCCUCCUGGUUUUAAGGAUGGUGAUUGUGAAGGAGUGAUUUUUGACGGAGAACCUAUGUACUUAAAUGUGGGAGAAGUCCCAACACCUUUUCACACCUUCAAGGUCAAAGUGACCACUGAGAAAGAAAGAAUGGAAAAGAUUGAUUCAAGUAUAUUAUCACCAAAACAAAUAAAAACACCACUUCAAAAAAUUCUCAUGGACAAAGAUGAUCAAGAACAUGAAAAGGAGCAUUCUGAUGAUUUUGACAGUGAAAUAAAAAUGGAAGAGCAGAAAAUAUUUCCUGGAUCUUCUGAAUAUGGAGGAUCAAAUUUAGCUUGUGAGGAUAAAGUUGUGAAAUCUAAAGAAAGUCCAGAUAUUUCCAUUUCCCGUUCUCAGGUUGAGCAGUUGGUCAAUAAAACAUCUGAACUUGAUGUGUCUGAAAGUAAAACAAGAAGUGGAAAAAUCUUUCAGAAUAAAGUGGUUAAUGGAAAGCAACCAGUAAAACCUAAAGAGAAUCGAAAAAGACGUAUUCGUGAAUCUGGAAAACCUGUCCUUCAUCACGUUAAUCCUGCUAGUCAAGAAUCUGUGCCCAAAAGAAGAAAGUUUAGUGAACCAAAGGAACUCAUAUGA